AUGAAUAGCACCCAUCUGCUUGCAGUCUCACAAGGCUGGGACUCAGGCCUAAAAUUCACAAAGGCAAUUGCACUGGGUGCUAUUACACUACUGAGUAUUCCAGCAGGGCAAAGUCUUUUCUCAGAGGCAGAAUAUGGAGAGAAACCAAAACAUCGAAAUGAGUGUCAACUCUACGAAGAUGAAGAUGGCCAAGCUACAUUUACUUCCAUGCAAGAGUUUUCGCAAUCAACGCAGGCCACUCUAUCUCUAAUUAUGAAUAUUAUGGGCUGUGUGGUAUGCUUCAAUGACAGCAAGAACGCUUUAAUAGACCGAUCUGGUGGUGAAUCCUUGCUUGAUCACCAGUUACAAAUGGCUAUAUGGGUACUUUUAUUGAUUCAAUGUGUUGCAAUUUGGCGAGAGCCACAAUGUACAAAUCGUUUUGCUCUUGGCUUGCAGGCCAGUGUCUGUCAGUUGCUCUCAGCGCUCUCAUUAUCAGCUGGUCUAUAUUCUAGCGUAAAGUUCGACCAAUCUAUUCGAAUGCGUUCACUUUUCCAGCUUGGGGUUUCCAUCGCCGCAUGUGGAUGCCACCUUCUUACGCCCAGGCGACCCCACGUCUUCCGAAAUGGCGUGCUGGUUAGUCCAGAGUCCACUGUCAGCUUGAUAUCGCGGAUGACAUUCAUGUGGAUGAGCCCUUGGCUGGCAGUAGGAAAACUGCCACGAGCUCUUGAAGUUUCUGAUACUCACGAAAUUCCCCAAAAAGCCCGUUCUCUAGAGUCGAAUAACGUAUUCAUGCAGACACGCGUGGACAGAUUUCAAUGGACCCGAACAAAUCUCCUGUGGACUUUGCUGCGUCUACAUAGUGUCGCGUUCACAACGCACCUGAUAUGUACCCUCCUGGUUACAUCUUUCAAUUUCAUUCCGCAGGCCUCGCUAUUUGCUACUCUGAGAACGUUGGAGGAGGGAAGUCGCCAAGGGCCUGUCCUUUGGCUUUAUGUCGCCGGACUAGCGAUACCGCCAAUCAUAUCGGCUCCGUUCGAUGCAUAUAAAUACUGGGUCGCCCAUAGUACCUUCAUCCUAGGGACACGCCAAUAUCUCACGCCUGCCAUCUUUUCAAAAGCCUUGACUCUUAACGGCAAAUUGCAGACAAAAAAAAGCACCGAAUGGGGGGAUAGCGACAGUGCGCAUCGCAUUGUGAACCUGAUGACGGUGGAUACCACAAAGUGUGGGCUGGCCUUCAAUACUGUUAUGCAAAGUAUCUGGACGUCUAUGAACCUUCUAGUCUCGGUCUAUUCUCUUAUCGGUCUCCUCGGUUGGCACAGCGCGUUGACUGCUAUUGUGGUUGUUGCUUUGACCUUUUUGGUUAGCAGCCAAGCAACCAAAAUACAGAGUACAGCCAGGCGAGAAACGCGAAUGCUUCGAGAUAAGAGACUAUCCAGUCUAACUGAAGUAUUUCGUUGUAUCAAGAUGGCCAAAAUAAUGGCCCUUGAAAAGCAAUGGGAGGAAAAGGUGAAAGGGGUCCGUGAUGCUGAGCUCCAGAAAUCUCACACUAUACUAGUCUGGGAUCUUUUUACGAGAUCAUUGUAUCUGAUUACGCCCACUCUUCUGUCGGUAUUGCUUUUGGGAACGCAUGCAUGGAUUUAUGGUGAAAUCAAGCCGGCAAAGGCAUUCGCGGUCAUUUCAAUGUUGAACACCGUUCAGACCUCCAUGUCUGCUAUUCCGGGUAUCAUUCCAUCUUUCAUGGAAAGCCUGACUGGUGCAGAGCAUCUGGCAGAAUUCUUGAAUGCGCCGGCGAGGAUUCAACAAGUGAUCCAAUCCGACACAAUCGAGUUUCGCAAUGCCUCAAUCUCCGGCCCUGGUGGCCCUAUAAAAUCUGGGAAAGCAAGACUCGAAGAUUUGAGUUUACAAUUCCCACAGGGAAGCUUAAGCCUCAUAACAGGCCCCACAGGUUCUGGUAAAAGCUUACUGCUCGCAUCAAUCCUCGGUGAAUGCCACCUACACGGGGGUACUAUCCACGCUCCCAUCGCUCAGCCAUGGGACAGCACGGUGGACAGUGGUUGGUUAAAUGACUCAAUAGCCUAUGUGGCCCAGAGUCCUUGGAUAGAGGCCGCGACUGUCAAAGACAACAUCCUCUUUGGUCUUCCAUAUGAUUCUGGGAGGUAUAAUCAGGUUAUCCAUGCUUGUGCUCUACAACCCGAUUUAAACUCUUUCCAAAUGGGCGAUCUAGCUGAAGUAUGGGCUAAUGGAGCCAACCUCAGUGGAGGUCAACAAUGGCGUCUCACCAUGGCGCGUGCGCUUUACUCACGAGCUCGAGUGCUAGUCAUUGACGAUAUCUUCAGUGCAGUUGACGUACAUACUGCUCGGCAUCUAUAUGAGCACACAUUGACUGGUCCCUUGUCAUCCGGGAGAACACGCCUUCUGGCCACCCACAGCUUAGGUCUCUGCUCGCCGCGCACAGCAUAUUUGGUUUGCCUUGACCAGGGCAGGGUAUCAUUUGCAGGGACUGUGGAAGGCUUUCAAGGUGUCAACCAGUUGCCUGUGGCUAGGAUAGAGCCAUCGAGCGAUAACCCGACAGAUUUCCAAGAAUCUCGUCUUCCUGAUUCAAUACAUCCUCCUCAAGCUGUGGAGAAAGAGCCCACGGUGUCGAGUAUGCAUCAAUGGUCUAAAUUCUGGAUGUAUACCCGAAGCAGCGGAACAACUGCACAUUGGAUAUUGACAUUGAUCAUUUUUGUUGCAUACGGUAUUGCGUUACUGUCGCAGGCAUGGUGGCUUGGGGAAUGGAGUACACAACUAGAUGACCUACAUGACUCGCAGUUUAACGGCCAAGAAAGAACACAUCCAGCGCUGAGAAGAGGCCUCGCCAUAUACCUCGGACUCUCUGGACUCCUAAUCACGCUCAGCGUCGCCCGUAUCUACGCCGUCUCAGUGGGAGCAUGGCGUGCCUCCCGCAGACUAUUUCGAAUUGUUCUCGCCCGAACGCUGGCAGCCCCUACUCAGUGGGUCAACACAAUGUCCCUUGGUACCAUUCUUGAUAUGUUCUCAGCAGACUUCGACACAGUUGAUACACUACUUAGCACACACAUGCAAGAUGUAUUAACUUCCGGAGUCGAUGUAAUCAUCGCCCUAACCUCAGCUACCGUGACCCAGCCUCGAUUACUACCCGCGGUCUUCAUCCUCGCAACGUUUGCUAUCCAUGACACCAAAAAAUACCUCGCAGCCGCGCGUAAGGUUAAGAGGCUUGAAGAUUCCAUAAGAGGACCAAUCAUCAAUUAUGCGACAUCCUGUCUACAGGGUAUCUCGACAAUCCGUGCCUACGGAAAGACAGAGCAAUCCUUAGCACGCAUGGGGGAACAGCUUGAAGAACGAUGUCGAGCAUCACGGCAUAUCGCGCUCCUCAAGCACUGGCUUGCAGUUCGAACUGAUAUUCUUGGAGCAUUUUUCGUGUCUAUAACUGCAUCUGUGAUGAUUGGGCUUCCAAAUGUGGAUGCGGCAUCUGUAGGCUUCGUCAUUACAUUUGCCAACCAACUCGCACAAUCAUUUAAAGUGGCUAUAUAUCGCUACCAGAAUUUCGAGCUAGAUCUUGAUCCUCUUGGACGGGUGUUAGAUUACACUCAGCUUGAGACAGAAGGGGGCGAAGACAGAAGCUCUACCACCUCUACCGAGUGGCCCAGCACAGGAGCGAUAGAGGUCUCUGGCCUCGUGGCUCAGCACGGUCCUGAUCUCCCUCCAGUCCUGAACGGGAUAACAUUUCGGGUUGAGGCAAAUCAGCGAGUGGGAAUUGUCGGACGGACAGGCGCAGGAAAGUCCUCAAUUGCGCUAGCAUUAUUACGGAUGCUCAGCAUAACGCAAGGUCACAUCAUGGUGGACGGGGUAGAUAUUGCAACGCUUCAUCCUCAACGUGUCCGGAGCCGCUUGGCUAUGAUUCCACAAGACCCAAUGUUGACCAAGGGUACGAUCCGAUCGAAUCUUGACCCGUUCGACGAGUUUGGAGAUCAACAGUUAGUUCACGCGCUUUCUUUGGUCGGUUGGCAUGGUGUAGCGGGUAAAUUGGCAAUGAAUGAAGAUAAAGAACGUAGUGCUCUGGUUGAGAACACAGAAAAUCUAUCCCAAGGUCAGCGCCAAGUACUAUGUAUUGCGCGUGCAAUUGUCAGAAAUUCAAAGGUUUUGAUUCUCGACGAGGCGACUUCGGCAAUGGACAAAGUGUCUGAAGCCAAAGUCUUGCAGUCUCUGCGGUCCGCGUGUCAAACCUGCUCUUCCAGCUUGUUGGUAAUUGCUCAUCGACUAAGUACGAUUGUGGAUUUCGAUCGAAUUAUUGUGCUUUCAGAUGGUCGGGUACAGGAAUAUGGGAGGCCUUGUGAGUUGAUACAGAUAGAAGGAGGUUCAUUUCGGGGGAUGGUGGAAAAGGAUAUAGAGAGAGACGUAUUGUUCGAGAAAAUUAUUGGGCAGAAAGCGUGA